AGUUAGUGCUACAACAAGUUCCUCCACCACAGACAGAAACAGAGAGCUUUAGAGAAAUGGCGAAAAGAGCAGAGAAUGAGCAGCCACAAAAAGCUUUUGGCUGGGCAGCCAGGGACCCCUCCGGAAUCCUCUCUCCCUUCCAUUUCUCCCGCAGAGAUAAUGGUGAUGAUGAUGUUACAGUGAAGAUACAUUAUUGUGGAGUAUGUCACUCAGACUUACAUAUUUUGAAGAAUGAAUGGGGAUUCACAAAAUACCCCAUUCUCCCUGGGCAUGAAAUUGUUGGUUUCGUGACAGCCGUUGGCAGUAGUGUCCAUAAGUUCAAGGUUGGUGACAGAGUUGGAGUUGGGGUGAUUGUAGGCUCCUGUCAAACAUGUGAGAUCUGUGAACAGAGCUUGGAGAACUAUUGUCCCAACGUGAUAUUUACCUACAACUCCACUGACCAUGAUGGUACAAAUACCUAUGGCGGUUACUCUGAUAUGAUAGUUGUUCAUCAGCGCUUUGUUCUUCAAUUUCCUGAAAAUCUACCUUCUGAUGCUGGGGCACCUUUAUUAUGUGCUGGAAUCACUGUAUACAGCCCAAUGAAGUACUAUGGUAUGACCGAACCAGGCAAGCAUUUGGGUGUUGCUGGAUUAGGUGGCCUUGGUCACAUUGCUGUGAAGAUUGGAAAGGCCUUUGGGUUAAAAGUUACUGUCAUCAGCACCUCUCCAAAGAAGGAAGAUGACGCCAUCAACAAGCUUGGUGCGGAUGCUUUUGUUUUAAGUAGUGAUCCUGCAAAAUUGAAGGCUGCUGUGAAUACCAUGGAUUACAUUAUUGACACCAUUGCUGCGGUUCAUCCAUUGGCUCCGUUGCUCAGUUUACUGAAGAUGGAUGGUAAGCUUAUCACUGUUGGAUUGCCUGAAAAGCCACUGGAGCUUCCAAUUUUCCCUUUGGUUUUGGGUAGGAAGCUUGUUGGAGGAAGUGACAUCGGAGGCAUGAAAGAGACGAAGGAAAUGUUGGACUUUUGUGCAAAGCACAACAUUACUGCAGAUAUCGAGCUGAUUUCAGUGGACAACAUCAAUAUGGCCAUGGAACGACUUGCAGAAUCUGAUGUCAAGUACCGAUUUGUGAUUGACAUUGCCAAUUCAUUAUCGCCGUCCUGAUUGUUCAAUGUAGUUGCUGCUGCUUCUUCCUUCAUAAGCAAAAACUUGAUUUUACAAAUCGAGCAACAUAUGAUUGAAAUUAUGUAGCAAGUUGAUAUAUGACUAGUCAGCUUGCUGCAGUUAUUAUUACUAUUACUAUUAAGACAAUAAACCUUUGAGCUUCUAUGCGUU